AUGGCUGAGACGGAGCCUGUCGUUGAGCAGUCUGAGCGCCCUGAGCGCAACAAUGAGCCGAUUGUCUAUGACGAGUCGUUGUUGAUCAUCGUCAAGGGAAAGGUUCAGCAGCCCAAGCAGCCAGAUCAUACAGAGAGCCGACUGUUAAUACAAAAGCUUCAGGCGGAAAUCACAAAGCGUGGAGAUCGCAUCAAAGAGAUCAAGACAAUUGAAGAGCAGCUCCGCAGCAAUGCAAAGGGAGUGUCCUCUGGCAACAAGGAGAUCAUCAGCAAGCUCAAGGAAUUGCGUGACCAGCGUGCUACCAUUAUCAGGCAAAAAGCUGCUAUUCGUGACGAGUUGAACAACUGCGAUGCCGCGCGCGACGCCGUCCGGGCCGAAAUGCGUAGCAUCCGCGACAAGAACCGGAACGUCAACCCAGAUAAGAUUGAGCAGGAUAUUCGGGACCUGGAGUUUAAGCUGGCGCACGAAUCGCUUCCGGAGGCAGAGGAGAAGCGUGUGCAGAAACUUUUGCAGGACCUAACGGCUGCCCGCCCGCUUGCAAAGAAGUACGCCGAGUAUGAUAGCCGGCUUAAAGAGAGCGAGGUGCAGCGUGCAAGCAUUAUUGCUCGCCUGAAGGAGAGCGAUGGCGUUAUUGCGCAGUUCGACGCACAGAUCGCUGCUAACAGCGCGGUUCUGGACGACGCUAGGACUAAGGCAGACUCCCAUGCGGCGGACCUACCCAACCUGCAGGCAAGGAAGUAUCCCUGUUUGUGUUUGUCCAUGCCAACAGGCACGUUCUGGUUGCUGGUGGAGAAGAAGGAGAACUACGAUAUCAUGGUGGCACUGCGCGCCAAAAUUGACGAGAUUAAGAAACAGAACGACGCCGAGUACCAGGACUUCAUAAAGCGGGACAGGGCAUACAUGGGCUGGAAGCGAGACCAGAACCGCAAGAAGUACGAGGAGAGGCAGAAGGAGCGUGAGGAGCGCGAGCGGCAGCGGCAGGAUGAGAACAAAGCCAUCCUCAGCGAUGUGGCCAUGGAGCCGUACAGCAAUGAGAUCUUCACCUGCGACCAGAUGUUGACGUAUCUUCGCUCAUUCACGGCGGUCAAGGAGGAGGUGAAGGAGGAGGUGAAGACGGUGGAGGUUCCGGCGGGACUCAAGCCCUUCAAGCGACAGGAGGUGGUGGAUGAGAUGUUCACGGGGGUGCCCAAGCGGACGCCGCAGGGCAAGGGCGCCAAGAACGCGCCGGCGCCUGCCAAGCCCGCCGAGACUCCCAAGCCCAAGGUGCAGAAGCUGAACCACACGCUGGAUAUGCUCAAGGUUUUCCUGCAGCUGCAGGUCGAGCCUCCCACCACCACCAGCGCUAUCCCCGCCACCAUUGAGGCGGUGGAGGCGCGCAAGGUCGAGUACAAGGAGAAGCAGGAGGAGGCCAAGCGGGCGCCACCGCCCGCCCGGGUGGCCCCACCACCAGCUCCCACCCCGGAAGCCAACGGAUCCCACAAGAGCGGCGGCAAGGAGGUGGAGGUGGAGGUGGAGGACGAACCGGCGGAGGCGGAGGCAGAAGCGACGCCCGAGCCUGAGGCGCCGUCCGCGGCGCCGGAAGUGGAGGAGGAGCCGGCGGCGGUGCCGGCGGUAGAGGCGGAGAAGGCACCGUCGUCGAGUGCCCCGGCAGAAGAAGAGGAGGAGCCGGCGGAGACGGAGGAGAAGGCGGAGAGCGCGCCGGAGCCGGCGGAGGCCGAGGAGACAGCAGGGGAGGCCGACGAGAAGGUGAAGGAGAAGGCGGAGGACGAGGAGGACGCAGAAGGGGAAGGGCGAAAUCCUGGAAAUGGGGGAGGCAUCGGACGUUUCGGGUUGGAGGAUGCACGGCUUGAGGCGCGGGCUGCGAGGAGCGCCGGGUUGGAUUGGUGUGCCGCGGUGAUGCGAGCCGUGACUGGCACCCAGCGCGGGAAGGCGGCCACCCCGCAGCAACCCCCCCUGGACGAGUCACGUGCUGCCGUGGACCGCAGCGGUACGACGGAAGGUCCCUUCCUGGCCGCCUUCCAGCCCCUCACCAGAGACCUGGUGCGCACGCGAACUAACUUGCAGCUGCUGGACUUACCGAGGGGAAGGGCUGAAAACCUGGCAGAGUUCGCAGUCGCAGGUCGGUGGGAGGGCGCCCUCAACAUUGUGGGGACGGCGAUGCCGCAGCCCUCCGGACCGCAGGGUGCACCGUCAGCUUCGCGCGUGGACGUCGUCUUCAGCCACUUCGAGUUGCGGCUCGGAGGCCCCCAAAACAAAGUGACUAUACCCCUGGGCUGGUUAAAGCCCAAGGGCUGGAUUGAGACGACCUAUCUGGACAACGAUCUGCGGAUCGGGAGGGGGGACAAGGGCUCCAUCUUCGUAGCCAGCAGCGGGGAUGGCCGCUGGUGCGCGGCAGGGAGGGAGGAUGCUCUCGUGCUUGUGAAUGUGAUGGAGCAUCGCCCAUAUCAAAAGGCAGCGAUGGGGGGAGAGUAG